GGCCAGGAGUCGAUCGGUUCAGUGGAUUUUAACCUUCAGUUUUCAGCUCGGCUGUGUUUCUCCCUGCAGAAGGACUGUCUGUCUCCCAGUGCUGUGUUUCUUUUUUAUAUAUAUGUGUGUGAGGGUAUGUGUGUUUGAGCCCACAGGCCUGGAAACAUGAGGCGUCUGCUGCUGCUGCUUCUGGGGCUCCUGCUCCUCCAACAGGGCCGCUGCUUUGAGUUUGUGAUUGAUGGAGAAUGGGAGGACGAGACGUCACAUCUACAGGAUCAUCGGGAGAGACACAAGAGAGCAAUAUUGACCAGCGAGGAGCAGGAAGACUUUGAGGCCAUCCGUGGAGAGGACAUCACCGUCAAGAGCUAUAAGGUGGAGAGCCGGAUCACGUCACGCUUCGCCCACACCACUGUCAGGAGCUCGGUGGUCAAUUCGGGCUCCAAAGCCCAGAGCAUCGGCUUCAACGUCCAGAUCCCCAAACGAGCUUUCAUCACCAACUUUACCAUGAAUGUGAAUGGGAUAACAUUUGUGGGCUCAGUGAAGGAGAAGACAGUGGCCAGGAACCUGUACGCCCAGGCCAGAUCCAGAGGCAAGGCAGCAGCCAUCGUCAGGGCUAAUUCCCAGGACAUGGAGACCUUUAAGACGGAAGUCCAUGUUCCUCCUGGCAGCCACAUUGAGUUCGAGCUCCACUACCAGGAGAUGAUGCACCGCAGGCUGGGUUUCUAUGAACACUCACUGUACCUGCAGCCUGGGAGGCUGGUGCCCCAGUUCCAGGUGGAUGUGUACAUCUUUGAGCCGAAGGGAAUUACCAUGGUACAAACACCAAGCACCCUUGGAGAGCAGUUUGCAGAGAUGAUCAGCCUCACACAAUCCAAAGACAAGGCCCAUAUUGUCUUCAAGCCCAACCUACAGCAGCAGAGAAAGUGUGACAACUGCACUGGAAGCGCUAUAGACGGUGUCUUUACGGUCACAUAUGACGUGAACAGGGACAGCAAUGCCGGGGAACUACAGGUCUCGGAUGGCCACUUUGUCCAAUUCUUCGCUCCUUCCAACCUCUCACCCCUCCCUAAAAACAUUGUGUUUGUCAUUGACGUCAGUGGAUCCAUGUGGGGAGUCAAGAUGAAGCAAACAGUGGAGGCCAUGCAGGCUAUUUUGGAUGACCUGACCAUAGAUGAUCACUUCAGCAUCAUUGACUUCAACCACAAUGUGCGUUGCUGGAACGAAGAGCUGGUCCCCGGCUCCUCUAUUCAGAUCGCAGAUGCCAAGAAAUACAUCCAGAACAUCAAACCCAACGGAGGUACCAACAUCAAUGAGGCCCUGAUGAGAGCAAUUCAGAUGCUGCUGAGGGCGUCCAAUCAGGGACUCAUCGACCCUCGCUCUGUCUCUAUGAUCAUUCUGGUGUCCGAUGGAGACCCCACUGUCGGUGAGAUCAAGCUCAGCACCAUCCAGAAGAAUGUGAAGCGGGUGAUGCGGGAGGAGUUUUCUCUCUUCUCGCUGGGCAUCGGCUUCGACGUGGACUAUGACUUCCUGGAGCGUAUUGCCAUGGAGAACAGGGGCAUGGCUCAGAGGAUCUACGCCAACCACGAUGCUGCAGAACAGCUACGGAUGUUUUACAGCCAGGUCUCCUCUCCUCUGCUGAGGAGGAUCACCAUCCAGUUCCCUGAGGACUCGGUGUCAGAUGUCACCCAGAACCGCUUCGACAAAUACUUCAGCGGCUCAGAGCUGGUGGUGGCUGGGAAGGUGCUGCCGUCUGACAGCAACACCCUGACCAGCUUCACCACCGCAUCUGCCUCCCGCCUGGAUAUGACCCUGGAGACCGAGGCUGACACCACGGAGCUGGACACGGAGCUGGCCAAGCAGCAGCACUCGUUCACAGGCUUCGCCAGACAGAUGUGGGCUUACAUCACCAUCAAACAGCUGCUCUCUGAAAGGUCUCUGGCUCCGACAGCUGUCAAGAAGAGGAAGAUCACCCAGCGGAUUAUGUCGCUGGCUGUGGAGCAUCAGUUCGUCACUCCUCUCACUGCUCUGCUGGUAGAGAGCGAAGGCGCCACAGAGAGGCUGCUGGCUGACUCCCCAAGGGACCCCAAGCAUGGCUGCUGCUCAGGAGGAGGACUAGGAGGAGGCUCAUCGAUCAAUGGUCCGGGUCCAGUCCGCGUUGUCUACCAGCCUCCACCAUGGGUCCAGAUGACCACUACGGCUCCCCCGAGUCAGGCUGAGAAGGGUCCGGAGGAGUGGACCCUGCCUCUAAAGGUCAACUUAGUGGACAACGACCCACACUUCAUCAUCCACCUGCCCCGAAGUAACAUGGACGUCUGCUUCAACAUCGACUCCAAACCCGGUCACAUUCUCAACCUGGUGUCUGACAGUGGAACAGGUGUGGUGGUGAACGGUCAGUUGAUUGGCUCUAAGCAGAUGCACAAAAACAAACUGAACACCUACUUCGGCACCAUCUCGGUCUACUACCAGCCCGAUGGAGUCAGCGUGACCGCCAGCACCGUCGGCAUCGCCGUGACCGACGGCAGGAACAACCACUCCUUCACCUGGGGGGCCACGUCCGAAAUCACACAGGAUGGUGUGAGGAUUUCCAUCGUGAAGAACUCUCACGUUUCCAUCACAAUAAAUAACGAUAUCCAGGUGAUGGUGUUACUUCAUCGUGUGUGGAAGAAAAAUCCGGUCAGCGUUGACUUCCUCGGUAUCUACAUUGCCAAUGACAACCGGUACUCCCCUCUGGUUCACGGGCUAAUAGGACAGUUUUCCAGAGAGCCUGAGGUGAGCGUGAACGACAUUCACGAAGGAGUCGACCCUCUGAAGAAGGAGGCCAUCAUGGAGGUGAAGGGCAACAGGCUGCACGUCACCAGGGGCUGGCAAAAGGACUACAGGCAGGAUAAGAAGCGCGGCUCAAACGUCUACUGCUGGUUUGUGCACAACAGUGGGAAGGGCUUUAUCGACGGUCACUACACCGAUUACAUCGUCCCGGAACUCAACAGCUUCCUCCAGACGCUCUGAGCAGCCAGGGACACAUUCAAGAGUGCUGUGCUGCUUAUUAAUCACCUGGGUCAGUAGGGUUGUAAAGAAAAUUACAUUUAAAACAGAGUGAGUGAAAAAACUGGAGCCACAAGACAGAGGGGAAGACAUGAAGACGUGUAACUUUUUGGUAUCUGUGUGCAUCUACAUCUUCUGAUUACAGUCUUUAUUUUAAAAAUUCUAGAUGUUUUUUCCUCCCCCAAUUAUUUUCCAAAGAACACCAGAAGUCACUUUUGCUGAAUUUAUUUGGAGAAAAUGUACAUCUGCAAUGUUGUAGAUCAACUUGAACAUUAAUACAAAAUAAAAAACUAAUUGAACACA